AAUUUUUGGCGAUUGAGGGAUCAUUUAGACAAAUGCCAAUAGCUUUCAUCAAGCAAAUAAUCGAAACAAGUGGUGAUAAUCGCCAGUAUCUUUUAAUUCUAGAAACUUAUUUCUUAUAUACUUCUGAUGAAGGAAAAACCAUAGUUGCGGAGUUAUUGCCGUUUGUACUUUUGUACUCUCCGAAUUUACGAGCUCUAAGCUUAGGCGAGUUAAGUUUGGAACAACUUUUGUCUUUACCAGACUAUUGCCCAAAACUCGAGCAUAUCGAUUUUUAUAUUUUGAGUGUAGAAGAAUUGACUAGUUUGAAACAGUCACUUCCACCACAAAUCAAUUCUCUCACAAUUCAUGGUGCGACACUCACAAACUUAGGCAAAUAUUUUACUGGAUUCCGUGCAAAUUUUCUGGAAAAUUUUCCCUUUCAUGUAAAGUAUCUUUCUCUCUUUGUCGGCAUUGACAACGAAGACGAGGUUAAUUAUAUAAAAGCUAAAACCGAAAACUAUGGUAUCAAAUUUAUCAAGGAGCCUUUACAUGAUAGAAUUUGUCCAAAUUAUUUCCCGCGAUUUUAA